CCGUAAGCCCCAAAACAAAACCCCGCCAAAUCCUUCUCUCUCUAAACCUCUGCAACCUCCCAAACCCACCAUUUUUGCUUCUCAAUCUCUCACAUUCUGAAUCGAAUCUCCUCAUUUUUUAGGGUUUCCAUUUGAUUUUCAAAAGCUUCUUCCAUCUCAACGCCUUUAACUUCCCACCUUUAGGUUUCUUCCGAAUCCACAACCAUGCCGGACUUCCGAGCUCUUUAGCUUCCUCCCUCCGUACCUGACCAUACAGGAAUUAGGGUUUGUCCGAUUAUUACAGGCAUGGGGAAGAAGAGGAACACGGUUGUGGUUCUGUCAUCGGAUGACGAACGUGAUCGUUCAACGAGCUCGAGUCGUCCGCCGCGUACCAGGUCCAACUCCAAAUUGAGCUCCACGGUUCCUCGUGCAAACCCUGCACGAUCGAAGAAGCCUCGUCUUUCGGAUUCUAGCGCUUUCCUGUUUAAAGAUACUAGUAAUUGGGCUGAGAUCAAAGGGUUUUGUGAAGAUUUUGAUGACACUCCUACUGGGUUCAAGGUAUCUGAUGGUUCUGGAGAAAGCAACCAGAAAGAGUUAUGGGUAGAUAAAUACAAACCUCAUUCCCUUGAAGAGUUAGCUGUUCAUAAAAGGAAGAUUGAAGAAGUAAAAUUGUGGUUUGAAGAAAGAUUAGGUUCUUCAAAGGAUGAAAACAAUAGUAAGGUUAUUGUCAUCACUGGACAAGCUGGAGUAGGAAAAUCGGCAACUGUUCAUGCGAUAGCAUGUCACUUUGGAGCCAGAUUGUGUGAGUGGAACACGCCUACACCAAUAAUUUGGCAAGAACAUCUACAUAACUCCAGUACAGGGUUGCGUUACAUGUCAAAAUUGGAUGAGUUUGAAUACUUUGUGGAGAGAGUAAGGAAGUAUGGAUUGAUACCUCCAACUGAUAAUAUGGAGUCAAAAGAAUCAGUCAUUCUCUUAAUCGAUGAUCUUCCUGUCACAAAUGGUAAAGUAGCUUUUGGAAGACUUAGAAACAGUCUCUAUCUUCUUGUGCGUUCAAUUCAGAUACCUACUGCCAUAUUAGUCACCAAUUAUGGCGAAGCUGAUUCAGGAGACCACACAACACAAUACCUGGAAGAACUUCAAUUAUCUCUUGAAAAUGCUGGGGCUUGUAAGGUUGCUUUCAAUCCUAUUACACAUAAUUCAACCAAGAAGAUUCUUUCGAGAAUAUGCAGACUAGAGCAGUGUAAAGUGUCUGUGGACCAGAUUGAUCUCAUAGCAAAAGCAAGUGGAGGCGACAUCAGACAUGCAAUUACUUCUUUACAGUUUUUCUGUGUGAAACCAAGUCUAAUGCGUCCAUUAUCUUCACCAAACCAUCCUACAAGCUCGAGAGAAAAACUUAAUGAGAUAAAUAUCAUGGAUGAGGGAUUUUCUCUAGAAUUUGGCAGAGAUGAGACACUUUCUCUAUUUCAUGCAUUGGGAAAGUUUCUGCAUAACAAAAGAGAAACUGAAAAUGUCGUGGAAUUGGUUGGAGAUGAGUUUUCUGUACAAGAGAGAUUGGCUAGAUUACCACUAAAAUUGGAUGCUCCAGAAAAGAUUCUCUGUCAAGCUCACGGGCAAGCUAGGCCUAUUGCCGACUUUCUUAAUGAAAAUGUUCUAGAUUUCCUGAGCGAUGAUGCAAUUGAUGAUGCAUGGACCGUGGCUUCGUAUUUAGGAGAUGUUGAUUUGCUUCUAGGUACUUUUCGUGGAAUGCUUGCCAGACGCAAUGAGGCGGAGAAUGUUCUGCAAUCAGCUGCAGCUUCAGUUGCUGUUCGUGGGGUCCUAUUUGGAAAUCAUCAUCCAGUGCCUUCCAGGUGGCAUGCUAUUCGGCGGCCAAAGCUCUGGCAGGUUGAGCAAUUAUCAUUGUCCAACAAGAAAGAGAUGGUAAAACGGAGAUAUGAUACUUGUUGCGGAAUGAGUUCAUCGGAUUUUUCGGUUAUAGCCACAGAAUACACACCUGUGUUCAAAUGGCUUGGGAGUGAUACACAUGAAAGUCUAGACCAGAGAAUUGAUAUGAUGAGUUUGGAUGAUCAAGAAAGUGUAGUUUCUGAGGAUGAAAUAGAAGAUUGGUAAAAUGUAGGCACUUUUACUUGUGUAAAUUGGUCGAUCUGAAAUAACUCACUUUUUAAGCAAUUUAUCAUGGAGAUCAAGUAGUUUAGUGGUACAUGUAAGUAUGUGUGUACAUAAACAGACGUAUAUCUAUUUAUAUAUAUAUAUAAUGUUUUAUCGUA